AUAUUUUGGGUUCAUUUUAAACAACUAUUGUUUAAAAAUUACUGUAUUGCUUGAGUUAAAUAAAACUGCCCAGUAGGUUGAACAAACAUUUAAGCCAAUUGCUGUGUUUGUCCAUUUUCAACCCAACUUGGGUUAUUUAUAACCCAGCAUUUUUUAGUGUGUACCAUCUUAAGAUGGUUUUGAACGUGUUAGCUGAUCAACCAGCAACUAUAUCCCAAAACACAGUCACCAGAUAAGCUGGAUUUCACUACGGGGAUUCCACACAGUGAGGCGGUAAUUGCAUCGCCCCUUCAUGACGUAAAGAUGGGCAGCCUUUGCAUUUUUAAUUCAUAUUUGGCUUUAAGACGUUUGGAGAUUUACCGCUCCUCUUUAAUGUAAUCGUGAUCCACCAGUAACAGCAUCAUCUCACGAUUAAUUCCUUCCCAUAAUGUCUCGCGAUAGUGCUCGUUGGCGCUGUCUGUGGUGCUGAAGCUGCUCUCGCCGGCGGCAAAGAGUCCUCCUGCUCCAGCAUCAUCUCCACGCGCUGCUCCACCAGAGACGACCGCGAUUUGUUUGUGCUCUUUGUCUCUUCUAACGCGUUUUUAUAGCCGGGAAUCUUCAGUGUUGUAUCUACCUCCUCCCGGGGAGAUACUAUCCGGUCGCGCCUGUGUUUUCCGACUCUCGUUUGGCUCGCAUCCUUUAUGCACAGCACGCUGCUCCAGCCCUUAAAGAGAACACAGGCAUCCGUGUCGGAACAGCAUGGCUUCCUGAGCGAGAUGGAAGCGAAGCAGCACUCGAUCAAGAGCCUGAAGAGCUAUCCGGAGGCUGGGGGCCGGAGUCUGGCGGCGGCGGCGGCGGGUGGGGACGUCGGAGGUGGAGGGUAUCGCGUCGGCGGCGCGGAGAUGGAGAUGGAGGCGAAAAUACAGAAAGCGAUCGACUUCAAACUGGAGGGUCACCGAUGCUACAAGGAGAAGAAAUUCCGGGAAGCUAUUGGGAAAUAUCACAGGGCGCUGCUGCAGCUGAAAGGGGUCCAUGUCGUCGACGGGACCACCGGAUCCGAGGUGAACCUCCUGAAUCAAGCCGCUGCCAAGCUGACGGAAGAGCAGCGGAGAGCGGUGGAGAGCACCGAGAUCGAAUGCUACGACAGCCUGACAGCAUGCUUGCUGCAGUCGGAGCUGGUGAAUUAUGAGCGGGUUAAGGAAUAUUGUUUGAAGGUCCUCGGACACCAGCAGGAUCACUUUAAGGCCAUGUACCGUGCUGGGAUUGCCUUCUACCACCUUGGAGACUAUGAGUGUGCCCUGCGUUACCUGCGCGAUGCCAAGUGCCGUGAACCCACAGACACAAACGUGCUGCGAUACAUCCAGCUGACGGAGAUGAAGAUGAAUAAGUGCAGUCAGCAGGUCCGUGAAAGUGGGAAAGAGUCACUGGGUUAAACUCGGCCCGAAGCCCACUGCUCCGCCCGCUCAUGCCUCGCCCUAACCCUGAUAGAAAACCUCUCCUCUCGAGUCUCUGCCCUUUAUCCCACAAUGCCCCCAAUCCCUUGGACAACCAGGAUACAUGUGCUGCGUUCCCGAAACGAAACGGGCACAGCUACAGCACAGCACCCCGCGACUGUCUUUUCUCGCUCUGUCCCUUUAAAUCCAACGUCCCCGGUGCUUUCAUUUCCCAGGAAUUGAGAAUCUGAUUGAUGAACGAAGAACACGACGAGGAAAAAAGAGGAAAUGCUCAACUAUAAUUAUAAAAACAAUGGGGGUCUGACAUUACAAUUUAAAAUUACAUGAUCGAAUAAGGAUAUUAAAAUGUGCAUAAUGUUUUAACAAAAAA